AUGAUGAGCACUGUGGAGAAGAAGAAAGAAGGAAUUGAAGGUCGAGGAUUGAUAGAUGUGGUGUUUUCUUGGUCUAUAGAAGAAGUGAUGAACAAGGAUCUUUACAAGAAUAAGGUCGAGCCAAUUCCGGAGACAUUCUAUACAGCAGAACACUAUCUCCAGUCAUUCAACGACCCUCUUCUAGAAGAAACACAUGCUAGUCUGCGGUCAAGUUUUACUCCUAAGAGUCGUCCACCUGCACGUGAAAUAUUUGAUGUCAACCCUGACAAAGAUUUCAGACUUCCCAAAGAUUUGUUCUAUACCAUGACAUUGAAAAGAUUGAGGAGUGGAAGUGAGGAAGACAAAAGAGUAUAUGAACCAGAGGUUGGAGAUUUAAUUGCCUUGACAAACGUAAGACCAGAAUAUAUUGAAGAUUUGACCACGAGUAAAAGGCCAUACAUUAUCAAAGUUUUGGACAUUUUGCCAAGUGAUGAGAUAUCAAAAUUGGCCAAGAAACUUGAUUCAGUAUUAGGGAAGUAUACAGCUGAUCAUAUAAGCAAUUGCUUGUUCAAGCAAGUUGAACAGGACUUGGUACUUCCAAUGACUUGGCCAGUGAAUACAGAUGUUGGAAAUGUUCCCUCUGGCAGUGAUCCUGUACAAGAGCUAGCAAGCCAAGUGGCGGCAAUCAGUAUACGGGAUGAACCGGGAGUAUGA